GGCGCCGAGGAGGAAGAGCGAGUCCGAGCGGCGCCUCUCGGCCGAGUCUCGGCGCGGGCCAGGAUGACGACGUCGGGCGCGCUGUUCCCCAGCCUGGUGCCGGGCUCCCGCGGCGCCUCCAACAAGUACCUGGUGGAGUUCCGGGCCGGGAAGAUGUCGCUGAAGGGCACCACCGUCACCCCCGAUAAGCGGAAAGGGCUGGUGUACAUCCAGCAGACGGACGACUCCCUCAUCCACUUCUGCUGGAAGGACAGGACGUCGGGGAACGUGGAAGAUGACCUGAUCAUCUUCCCCGACGACUGCGAGUUCAAGCGCGUGCCCCAGUGCCCCAGCGGGAGGGUCUACGUGCUCAAGUUCAAGGCGGGGUCCAAGCGCCUCUUCUUCUGGAUGCAGGAGCCCAAGACUGACCAGGACGAGGAGCACUGCCGCAAGGUCAACGAGUAUCUCAACAACCCCCCGAUGCCUGGUGCCCUGGGGGCCAGCGGCGGCGGCGGCCACGAGCUCUCAGCACUGGGUGGGGAGGGCGGUCUCCAGAGCCUGCUGGGGAACAUGAGCCACAGCCAGCUCAUGCAGCUCAUCGGGCCCGCCGGCCUCGGAGGCCUAGGCGGGCUAGGGGCCUUGACUGGGCCGGGCCUGGCCAGCUUACUGGGCAGCGGGGGUCCUCCGGCGAGCAGCUCUUCGUCCAGCUCUCGGAGCCAGUCGGCAGCGGUCACCCCGUCUUCCACUGCCUCUUCCGCGCGUGCCACCCCCGCCCCUUCUGCUCCAGCAGCUGCUUCUGCGACCAGCCCCAGCCCUGCGCCCAGCUCGGGCAGCGGAGCCAGCACGGCCGCCAGCCCCACCCAGCCCAUCCAGCUGAGCGACCUGCAGAGCAUCCUGGCCACCAUGAACGUGCCAGCCGGGCCAGGCGGCGGCCAGCAAGUGGACCUGGCCAGCGUGCUGACCCCCGAGAUCAUGGCGCCCAUCCUCGCCAACGCGGACGUGCAGGAGCGCCUGCUGCCCUACCUGCCCUCGGGAGAGUCGCUGCCCCAGACGGCGGAGGAGAUCCAGAACACGCUGACCUCGCCCCAGUUCCAGCAGGCCUUGGGCAUGUUCAGUGCAGCCUUGGCCUCGGGGCAGCUGGGCCCCCUCAUGUGCCAGUUCGGCUUGCCUGCGGAGGCUGUGGAGGCCGCCAACAAGGGCGAUGUGGAAGCGUUUGCCAAAGCCAUGCAGGACAGCGCCAGGCCCGAGCAGGAGGGCGGCGGGAAGGACAAGAAGGACGAGGAGGAGGACAUGAGCCUGGACUAGGUCUGCGGCCCGCUGCCCUGCGUCCCCGCCGCCGCGCACCCCUAAAUAAAGUCUUACCUGCCAGCUCUGGCUUCCCGCGUGCCCCCCUGGGCCCCCCCGCCUCCCUGUUCCUUCCGUCAGAGCCCGCGCUCGGGUGGACACAGGCCGCGCUUUCAGUUUAGUUUUAAUUCAGUGACGCCGAAAGCGUAGGAGGGGAAAACUGGUCACAAAAGGCGGACUCUGAGCCGGCUCCAGACACAAGGUCCGUCUUCCUCGC